AGGUGAAAUACUGUAAGAGGUGGGUACGAGGCACGGGGGCGCCAGCAUUCGCUCGCUUUCGCGUAAAUGAGCAGCAAUGCGGAACGCGCAGCCGGGCUGUCAGGUCCAAAACUGGAGAGUUGCGUCAAGCCGCAGCCAUCAAGGGGGGAUCAGAGAGAGACAACGAGCAUCAUCCACCAAGAUACGUACGUGUCUAUUGUCUAUCCCCUGUGCUCUGCGGCGAAUCCUGGUGGAUGGCUACAAUAUCGGGGCAUGUCCGCAGCCUCGUUGUUGGAGGAUCUGCUGCUUUCUGCUGUCUCAUGCGCUCGGAAUUGGCCGUGUUUCGUUCGUCUUAUGCUGCACACAGCCAAUGACGCUGUUUCGAUGUUUCAAAAUUGUGCAGGACGCACAGGCUUUGUUUGGGAUAGAGCUUGGGGGCCGUUUGAAUGGAUAUGAUGAGCCGAGCCGGGGAUGAACCAAUCGACACCCGUUGCUGGCCAAGAGGAGGCCG